UGCUUUGGUCAGGUCUUUGCUGCCAGGACUGAUUGAAAUUGCAGUGUCAAUGAUUAAGGGAGUUCUGGGCAGCUGCCAGGAUCUGUAUGUGGAUUAUGUAUGAGCUCAAUGGUGGACUGAUUGGUUUGGGAACAAUGAAAGGAUGAUCCUGUCACUGGCCGGAGGUGUGUGUUGUAUGGGGAUUGAGGACAGGACUGAAGGUCAAGGUGAGACAGAUGGCCUAUCUUAUACUGCACAGUACACAACUCUGACACGGACCCAUCCCUCAUGUACACACUCCAAAUUUAAAGACCCUGCCCUUUUCCACAGUUCUCACAACAGACCCCCGUGCAAUCUCGUGUUAGACUGAAGUCACCAUGCCGUUGACUUUGCUGAUGGAUGUCCUCAUAGCUCUGUCGGCCGUCCAGACUGUGGCCACUGAUCAGAUUACAGCUCCAGAUCCCUGCUCGGCCUACAUCAGUCUGAAUGAGCCCUGGAGGAAUACUGACUACCAUGUCAACAACUCAGCUGGUGUGCCCUUGUGUGACCGCCAUGUAGCUGGUGAGUGGUACCGCUUCACUGGUAUGGCCGGUGAUGCCAUGCCAAAUUUUUGCAUCGAGGAGAACCACUGUGGCACUCACGCACCGAUCUGGCUCAACGGCACCCACCCACUGCCUUCUGAUGGCAUCGUCACAUUGCCUACAUGUGCAAGCUUCAAUGAUGACUGCUGCCAUUGGCGUGGGACGGUGGAUGUGAAAGCUUGUCCCAGGGGUUACUAUGUAUACCGCCUGCCGCGCCCUUCAGUAUGCUUCCACGUGUACUGUGGUCAUUUCUAUGACAUCUGUGAUGAGGUGGAGUGCACUGGUCCAGACUGUCCACUGCAACUAGAAUGCCAUUGUCCUGCUGGGACUGUUCUGGGGCCAGACUCCCAGACUUGUCUGGAUAUAAAUGAGUGUGAGAGUAACAAUGGUGGAUGUGCUGAAAUGUGUAUGAACACCAAGGGCUCACGACGGUGUGAGUGUGGCCCAGGCCGAGUACUGGAUGCCGAUGGCCGGACCUGCAAUGAGAUUGCAGGCUGCCACAAUGUGAAUGGAGGCUGUAGCCAUGGCUGCUCAUCAGAGGAUGACUCGUAUUACUGUCAUUGUCCACGAGGUCUAACACUGGGGAAGGACGAGCGAAGCUGUCAGGUGCCUGUGCAUUGCGAUCCCAGCGCUAUUGAUGUGUCUGUUCCCAAAGACCUUGUGGGUGGCCUGGAGCUCUUUUUGUCAAAUUCCUCAUGUCGCGGAGUUUCUAAUGGCACUCACAUCAACCUUCAUUUCAGCCUGAAGACCUGCGGCACCGUGGUCAAGGUAAUUGAUGGCAAAAUUACUGGCACAAAUCUGGUCACCGGACUGCCAAAGUCAAGUCCGACCAGCAGUGGAGAUCUAAUUGUACGCACCAGCAAGCUUUUGCUGCCCAUAACUUGUGAGUUCCCGGGUCACUAUGAUGUAUCAGAUGGUUACCUUCCCAGUGUACGCAGCUCUGCACUGGAGCUGUCAGCACACAGUGAAGGCAUCUUCCCCUUCACACUGGAGCUGUUUAAGAGCGCAGAGUUCUCCGAGCCGUACAACAGUCCUCCUCAGCUGCGUUUACGUGAUGCGCUGUACUUUGGCGUGGAGCCACGUGAGCAUGUGGAGGGCCUUGCUGCACUUGUGGAGACCUGCUUCGCCACGCCUGGCCCCAAAGCUGAACAAGUCCUCAAAUAUUACCUCAUUAAAGACGGCUGUAUUUCGGAUGAGACAGUACGCCAGCUCUCAGCUAAAGAUCAGCUCUCCAAACACUACCAGGUUCCUGUCUUCAAGUUCAUUGGCAGUGACAACAGGGAGGUGUACCUGCAUUGCCGGGUGCUGGUGUGUGGUGAAGGAGAGUCACGCUGCACGCAGGGCUGUCGCAGACGUCUGAGGCGAGACCUCUGGAAUGAGCAGCACCAGGAGAAACGCACACUAACUGGAGGACCCAUUCUCAUUCUGCCAGAUCCGUAAUGCACUCACACACACACACACACACACACACACACACACAAAUCUGCCAUCCACCACUCUAUCGGGAACAUUUAUUCUGUGUUCCCUUAAACAUUACCAUGCCAUGCCUUUUACAUAGAACCCAUUAACCUCAUACUUUCAUCUGCCAACUGGAAACUGAAUGAUUUUUGCCAUUCUGAUACUCAGUGAAUCACUGCACACAGGCAUCUCAGCCUCAAUUCAUCCACUCCACUCAUAAAUGCACUGACAUCACACUCAUGUAUAUCUGAGCCAAUGACGCACUCUCUGGCGUCAUCACACAUUCGUUUUGCCUCUGAGUUAAUGGAAGCACUGAAGCAUGAACACAUGUAUUUUCUUAGCUAGUUCUUAGAUAUUGCAGAAUAUUUAUAUAACUUUUAAUACAGAAUGUACAUUUAUGUCUAUUACACAUUAUCAUGACAGCAGUGUUUGCAUCCAGUUUUACUAUGCAAGAGCUUUGGCAUCAGAUUUUUUUUAAAUGAAUAUUCAUAAUAAAUUAUAUAUAUAUAGUUAUGUUUGACGUGGAUUAAUAUGAUUUUGCUUGCAAUUUGUUGUAGCUUCUCCAGCCAUGUUAACAUACAAAAGUAUUACUGUAUUAAACUUCUGUGUUAAUGAAUUCUGUGCUAAUGUCACAGCUGACUGUGCCAAAACAGCAUGUCUUAACACACUAUAUGUCUAUAAUAUGGGUGUAAUGUAAUGCCACUAUUUGCAUCUGUAUCUGUUUAGUGCUCUAAAUAUCUACAUGUGUAUUUAAACCUGAAGUGGGUGUGGCCUAAACCUUGUUUAAAAAAAUGUGUGUGUUUUUAAUAAUAAUAAUAAUAAUAAUAAUAAUGAUAACAAUAAUAAUAAUAGAACCCUACCACUAUGCCCAUUGGGAAAAAUCCCAGAGGUUAAAAUGUAAGUACAGUUAGCAUGGGGUGUGAGUUCUGGGUCUGACAGUUCCUCAACCUCAGCUACAUCAGUACAGUUCAUAAUUAGUCUCAACUGGAGAUGUAUGUGCGACUGUGUUUUUGAUCCUGCUUGUGCUGGUAUUAUUUUUGUUUGUACAUGCCUGUGAUAUUUUCUAAUUUCCCAAAAUAUAAACUAACCCUAGAAAUUAACAUAUUCGUAUUUGGUUACAUCCUUGGUAUAAAGCCAUUGUAGUCAUUUAUGGAGAAAAGAUUUACAUUAUGUGAAGAGCCACACAAGUCUGAUAUUUAUUCAGAAUAACAUAAAGUUCAAAAUAACUUAGGAAUGUUUAGAAGAUACAUCAGAAGUCAUGUUAAUGAUAUUCUUGUCUUACAAUGUUUAAAUCUGUGUGAAAGGAAACCACUGUUUUGCAAUGUAGAUACCAGUGUUUGGAUUGUAUAAAUGGGUGAAAGUUUAAUUUGAAUGGCAGCACUACACUUUAAUAAAUUAUGAAUAUAUUGCAUUUAGCCUGGGGUGGACACAGACACUGAAAAAAGUUCUUCCAACUAGUUGUAAUGUGCUGUUUGACUUAACUUUAGAAUUAUUAUUCCACCCGUAGAAAGCUCCUUCUAAUUUGUCUCCUCAUUCAGAACAACUUAACCAGACCCGUCUUAAACUAUUGGCCUUCUAGUAGUACUAAAGAAAUGCUCUCCUCCCAGAGAACCACAGGAGUUUACAGUUUAGGUAAACCUGUAAACCCAAACCUAUAGCUCUAUAUACAUGUAUAUUAAUAAAAAGGGCUGAUGAGAACUCUGGGAUAUAAGCAUUUCAUUGUUGUUUGCUCCAUGUGAGUCUUUAGCACCACCAGUCUCUCAAUGGAGUACU